AUGCAGUGGUUUCAUCCACUAAUAUACCUCGCAGUUUUCCUAAGUCCCACGAUCGCUGAGCACGAUGGACCCAAGAAGAAAUCUCCAUCUUCGGGCGAGGUCGUGUACCUCAUCGACAGUUUAAACGACCCCAGGAACAGCUACGAUAAAGCGUCUGAAGAUGGACAGCAGAGGCCGAAAGGCAGCUACUUGUUGGCCGAUCCCAUCCCCAUUGAUGAGGCUGGAGAUGGGGUUUAUUUCAGGCCGGAAGGCGGAAAGGCAUUGGAUAAACCGACGCAACUGAAGGUACUCCCUCCCAAACCUUCGACAAGAAGAAAACGCACCCUCCUCCACAAAGGAGGUCUACUUGGUAGUCUCCUAGGAGGAGGCAAUGGUGGAGGUUUUGGAGGUGGAUUCGGAGGAGGCGGUGGUAAAGGAGGAGGCCUAGGUGGAGGACUAGGAGGAGGAGGUCUUGGUGGGGGUCAGGGAGGAUAUGGCGCAGGAGGUCAUGGCGGUGGCCUCGGUGGAGGAGGAGGAGGCGGUAAAGGAGGAGGUUUUGGAGGAGGCGAUGGCGGAUAUGGAGGAGGUCCUGGAGGUGGAUUCGGAGGAGGUGGAGCUCCUGGAGGAGGCUUCGGAGGAGGUUUGAGUCAUGGAGGAGGUGGAAGUCAAGGAGGAGGCUAUGGAGGAGGUUCAAGUCAUGGAGGAGGUUUAGGUCAUGGAGGAGGUGGGAGUCAUGGCGGAGGAUAUGGAGGAAGUGGAGGACCUGGAGGUGGUUUUGGAGGUGGAAAAGGUGGAGGAGGCGGUUUCGGAGGAGGUGGGGGACUUGGAGGAGGAGGUUAUGAUGGUAAUCAAGGAGGUUAUGGUGGAAGCGGUGGAUAUGGAGGAUCCUCUGGUGGUGGUCUUGGAGGAGGUAAAGGAGGAGGUGGUGGAGGCGGAUUUGGAGGAGGAGGUGGAGGAGGAGGAUUAGGAGGAGGAGGUGGAUUGGGAGGAGGAGGUUCAGGUGGAUAUGGAGGUGGAAGUCAUGGGGGUGGAGGACAUGGAGGUCAUGGAGGAGGUGGUUAUGGAGAUGGGGGCUAUGAGGGAGGUCCUGGAGGGGGUAGUGGAGGUUGCAGUUCUGGAGGUUGUGGUGGCUGCAGUACUGGAAACUGUGGAGGAGGUGGCAAAGGAGGUGCUUAUGCUUCGUCCUCUGCUUCAGCUCAAGCAUCUGCAGGCAGCUAGUGA